CCCAUUCAUAUACGCAGAUUGAAAACGUGGCCGGUUGUUAGAGGUAUCUCAUGUUUGUUUCUAUCUCAUCCUACGUACCUCUUCCGGUCUCGUCCCAAAAAAAGUAGGACUUUCCCUUAUUUUACCCCUGAAAAAAAGGCUGAACCUUUUGGGCACCCUUCCAAUUGAAACUACCUCAAAAAAGGAAAACUUGGACACAACCGGAACAAGAAAGAAGUUUGGGGAGAGACAAUGAAGGCUAACAAGAGUCCGAUCCGCGCGGUGGCUACAUGGAUCAGGCGACAACCACCCAAGAUGAAAGCGUUUUUAGCGGUUCUGUCAGGGAUGGCGGCGCUUUUGUUCUUGACAAUGGUCGUAGAAGAUCACGACAACCUCUUUGUUGCUGCCGAGGCUGUUCAUGCCCUGGGCACCUGUGUUCUUAUUUACAAGCUUACCAAAGAGAAAACUUGUGCUGGAAUUUCUCUUAAAUCGCAGGAACUAACAGCUAUAUUUUUAGCUGUUAGAUUGUAUUGCAGUUUUGUCAUGGAAUAUGACAUACAUACUCUACUUGACUCAGCAACAUUAGGGUCAACCCUUUGGGUUAUUUAUAUGAUUCGUUUUAAACUGAGGUCAAGUUACAUGAAGGAUAAAGACAACUUUGGAAUCCACUACGUGGUGAUACCUUGUGCUGUUUUGUCGUUGUUAAUUCAUCCAACAACAAGUCAUCAUUUAUUCAACAGGAUUUGCUGGGCUUUCUGUGUUUACCUUGAAGCUAUUUCAGUCCUGCCUCAGCUAAGGCUAAUGCAGAACAUUGAGAUCGUUGAACCAUUUACUGCACAUUAUGUGUUUGCAUUGGGAGUUGCAAGGUUCUUGAGCUGUGCACAUUGGAUUAUCCAGGUAUUUGACUCUCAAGGACGCUUAUUGACAGCUUUGGGCUAUGGAUUGUGGCCUUCUCUGGUCCUGCUAUCUGAGAUUGUCCAGACUUUCAUUUUGGCAGAUUUUUGCUACUACUAUGUCAAGAGUAUUUUUGGUGGACAACUUGUUGUACGACUCCCCUCUGGUGUGGUUUGAAGUGUGAACUUAUAGGUUAAUUCUGCAGCUAAGAGGCUCUUAAAGAUCCCUGUUGGUCAUUAGGAUAUGUACGUUUUAUUCUCUUCUGCAGCCACUAAGGUAAUGGUUGCAGGGUAAUUAUAAAGAUGAGGAUAAGUUACAUGUACACACAUAAAUAGUUUAUUAGAAUUAUUUCACUAAAUUAACUUCACAGUAUCAGCAUUAGUAUUCUCGUGAUGAGGCCUUUGGAGAGUUUUAUGCUUUAUCUUGGCACAUGCUUACUACCAGCAUUUUAGUUUUGAUGAUGAAUAAAGUAACGAAAUUGCAGUAAGUUCCCGAUAAAUGAUCUGCGUUGCUUAAUGUUUAAAUCAUCAAUGUCGUUUUAUAUCCUUUUUCCCCUCAAGUAAUUCUGUUAAGCAUUGAUGUAUAACAUUGCAUGAUAAAAGUUUCCUCAACGGGAGGAACAAAGUCUAUCGAUUCCAUGUCCUGCUAAGUGCUAGUGUCUUGGAAGCCUUGCUUCUGUAAUAUCUGGUGAUGUGCGGGCCCUUUUCAAAGCAUUACAGAAUUAAUAUGCCGUUGUGUCUGGGGGCCCUUGGGCUAAUCAUGUAGAACAUUCUACAUCAAUGGUGGCAGAUUCAACAUUAUAUAUCUGCUAAAAGAAACCGCUGAAAGGGCAGGAACGUCAAGGAUGGGGUUGCUUCUUGCUUCGAUAAAGGCUUCAAGGUUCAACAAAAUCUAGUAUUGAAAUCUGGGUAAAAGCUAUGGACAGAGAAUGAGCAAUUUUAAGUUGUAUGACUACUCCCAAAUCAUAUCAGUACUCAACAAUGGCAGUGAUGAGCAGGUCAUAACAUGGGGUUUCUUUUCCUACUUUCUUUGAUUUUCUUUUGCUUUGACAUGUUUUAUGUACAAAAGGUUAGGCAGAAAUCAGGGAUUUCGAAAGGCAUUUUUUGUUCUGUCCCUUGGAAAUGAUAAUAUUCCCAUUGCAGAGUUAAAUAAGAAAAAUGAUACUAACACUUAACAGCAUGCCAAUUUAAAUAAAAACGUGGCAUUGAUCCUCUUGUGCAAGCUGGGACGCAUAAAUUGUCAUGAUAACUCUACUAGCCAGCUGUCCAAUAUUCUUAUCUUUCAACCCAUGUCUUAUCUUAUCCCAAGUCGCAACAAGGAUUCGUUCCACUUCUAUGCUGAAUCCUCGAGUUUAGUGUUCAAUCAUUGGUCCAACGAAGACGACAAUGAUUUAACUCGUGCUGGUUUUGAA